GUUCUAGGUCUUACAGCUGCAGCAUCAUUGGUAUCCUUAGCAUGGGCCCUGGCAUCCUAUCAGAAAGCAUUAAGAGAUUCAAGAGAUGACAAGAAACCCAUUAGUUACAUGGCUGUAAUCAUCCAGUUCUGUUGGCAUUUCUUCACCAUCGCUGCCAGAGUGAUAACAUUUGCUCUCUUCGCUUCAGUUUUCCAACUCUACUUUGGAAUAUUUAUUGUACUUCACUGGUGUAUCAUGACCUUUUGGAUUGUGCAUUGUGAAACAGAAUUCUGCAUCACUAAGUGGGAAGAGAUUGUGUUUGAUAUGGUUGUUGGAAUAAUCUAUAUCUUUAGUUGGUUUAACGUCAAGGAAGGAAGGACACGGUGUCGACUAUUUAUUUAUUACUUUGUCAUCCUUCUGGAAAACACCGCCUUGAGUACCCUGUGGUAUUUGUAUAAGGCCCCCCAAAUCCUGGAUGCAUUUGCUAUUCCAGCACUGUGUGUAGUGUUUAGCAGCUUUUUAACUGGUAUUGUUUUUAUGCUUAUGUACUAUGCCUUCUUUCACCCUAAUGGACCUAGAUUUGGCCAAUCACCGAGCUGUGCUUGUGAAGAUCCCAUAUCUGCAUUUCCCUUGCCCCCUGAGGUGGCCUCAAACACUCUUAGAUCUAUGUCCAAUAACAGGAGUGUGGCCGGUGAUCAGAAAUAUACAGAAAGAGACGGCUGCAUGCCAGUAUUUCAAGUGAGGCCUACAGCCCCUUCUACACCAUCCUCAAGGCCUCCAAGGAUUGAAGAAUCUGUUAUCAAAAUUGACCUGUUUAGAAACAGGUAUCCAGCCUGGGAGAGACAUGUGUUGGAUAGAAGCCUACGUAAGGCAAUUUUAGCUUUUGAAUGUUCACCUACUCCUCCUCGGCUUCAAUAUAAAGACGAUGCACUUAUUCAGGAACGUUUGGAAUAUGAAACCACGUUGUAA